AAAUUAUAUUCGAAAUAUUUUAUACAUUUUUUUUGACAAUAAUUCACUUUAUCACAUUUCUGCUUUCUUAUAUUUGCAAUUUCUAGACCUUUUAAAAUGUGAGAAAAGAUAAGAGUUCGGUGUUCCACUUGGCGCUGUGAAUGGAUCUGAUUUUUAUUGGUUUCGCUUUUUAGCUCUCAUGUAUAUUUUUCGAAUGGGGAGAGCUCAAGUCAGUAUUUAUUUAAAUAUUGGAAACUGUCAUAUGAUACAAUAUGGAUAAAUUUCCACAAACUCGUUAUGAGAGGCUUCAAUCUGAUGAUGAAGAAGAUAAUGUUGAUGAAGAUUUACCUCCACAAGUUCAUAUCACCGCCCCUGGGGGAGAGGGAAAUGGACGAAAUGGUCGUUGGAAUCAUAUAGAGAAUUUGGAUGAUUUUUUUAUUAGAGUCUAUGAUUAUCACCAGCAAAAUGGAUUUGUGUGUAUAUUAUUGAAAGAGUGUUUUGAGUUAGCGCAAUACGUUUUCAUUGUUCUCUUCACAACAUUCCUGAUCUUUUGUGUUAAUUAUGAAAAACUCUUUGCUGAUAAAGAUCCUGUCAUAAUUGACUGCAUCAAUUUUAACAAUGUUAGGAAUGCAAAUGGUGUGAUGGUGGUUUUCCUACUAAUUGCUUUUCUUUUUUGGGCGGUCCGUGUGGCAAAAGUUUUGCUUUAUUUUUUUAAAUUAUUGGAAAUUAAAUCAUUCUAUAGAGAUGCACUUCACAUAACUGAGGCUAAACUAGCGAACAUGCAGUGGAAAGACGUUCAACAAAAGUUAAUCAGUGUUCAAAAAGAACAUCAGAUGUGUGUUCAUAAAGCUGAACUCACAGAGUUAGAUAUUUAUCACAGAAUAUUGAGAUGGAAGAAUUAUUUCAUUGCCAUGCAGAACAAAGGAGUAUUAUCUUGUGUAUAUGAUUUUCCCAUUAUUGGUAGACGAGCAUUUAUAACGGAAGGAAUGAAGUAUAAUUUAAAACUAAUACUUUUUUGGGGACCGGAUGCUCCAUUUCAAGAUUCAUGGAAAUUAAAACCUGAAUACAAGUCUUCAUCAAAUAGACAAGCACUUGCUGACAGGCUUUCAAGACGGAUAUUGUGGCUUGGUCUUUUAAACUUUGCAUUACUGCCUUUCAUCUUCGCUUGGCAAGUUUUGUAUUCCUUCUUCAGCUAUGCGGAGGUAUGAU